UGGCGCCUUGCGCAGGCGCAGUCCAGGCUCUGACUGUGCGCAGGCGCAGUGCGCCUCAGUGGCCUCGUGCGCAGCAGCAUGGCCUGCUGGGUCUUCUGUAACCGCUGCUUCCAGCCACCGCGCACCACGUCGUGCUUCAGCCUGACCAACUGCGGUCAUGUGUUCUGCGACACCUGCCUGGGCAAGGGUCAAGGGAGAAAGGACGAGUGUUUGAUCUGCAGGGCACCCUGUCACUUGGUCUUACUCUCCAGGCAGACGGGCUCGGACAUCCAGGCUCUGUUCACCCGUGUGGACGGGCUGUGCGCCAGGUACUCCCGCGAGCUCUCCCAGAUCUCGGGAUUUCAGGAGAAGCACCGCAAGAGGCUGCUGGCCUUCUACCGGGAGUCGAUCCGCAGGCUGGAGGACUCGCUGAGGACGGUCACUGUGCAGAUCCAGAGGAUGCAGGGCACCAGGUCGGCUCAGCUGUGGGCUCUCGGCGGCGUGAAGAGUGCAGCCUCCGAGACCACACUGGCUCCCAGCCACACCCAGGCCUGGGCACUGCGCCUCGCUGGCCUGCUGACCAAGAGGGGCGCGUGGACGUGGAGGCAGCCCCACCCCUGCCCAGGAAGCCUGAGGUGGCCACCGGGCCUGCCAGGAUCUCCCUCAUCAGCCCUCCCCAGGACGGACGCAUGGGCAGUGUGUCCCACCACUGCACACCGGGCCCCCACCUGACACCUGCCUACGCCGGCCUGCCCCAGCUCCUCAGGCCGCUGACACCACAGCUGCUCGGCCAGGGGCGGCCCCGCACGCCUGCACUGCAGAUGCCAGUCUGGGGGGUCAGGGGGGACAUGCCCACCCCUAGUCCACUCUGCCAGACCAGUGCCCAGGC